GGAAUUGAUGUGUGUAUAACACAAACAUACACAACAAAGAAAAAUAAAUAAGCUAGUUGUACGACACUCUCUUUUGGAGAUAAGAAACAAAAUGGCUACAUUUAGCUAUUUGUGUCCUCUAAUAUUUAUGUGUAUCAUAGUGUCUAGCCAUGCUCAAUUACAACAAAACUUCUAUGCCAAGAGUUGUCCAAAAGCAGAGAAGAUUAUUUUAGACUAUGUCCAGAAACACAUUCCAAAUGCUCCAUCUCUUGCUGCUGCCUUAAUAAGAAUGCAUUUCCAUGAUUGCUUUGUCAGGGGAUGUGAUGCAUCUGUGCUCUUGAAUUUCACUUCAAGUACAGGAAACCAAACUGAAAAAGUGGGAAUCCCAAAUCUAACACUGAGAGGUUUCUCAUUCAUUGAUGAUGUGAAGAAAAUAGUUGAAGCUGAAUGCCCUGAAGUAGUUUCUUGUGCUGAUAUUAUUACGUUAGUUGCUCGAGACUCUGUUGUGGUCACAGGAGGUCCUUUUUGGAAUGUACCAACUGGAAGAAGAGAUGGUAGAAUUUCUAAUGCUUCAGAGACAUUAUCAGACCUCCCAGCUCCAACCAGUAACUUUUCCACUCUACAAACUGAUUUUGCUAGGAAGGGUCUUGACCUCAAAGACUUGGUCCUAUUAUCUGGUGCUCACACCAUUGGAGUCUCUCAUUGCUCGUCAUUCUCAACGCGUUUAUACAAUUUUACUGGGACUUUUGGUACUCAAGAUCCAUCUUUGGACAGCGAAUACGCAGCUAACCUUAAGGCCAGAAAAUGCAAAUCAAUCAACGACAACACAACAAUAGUCGAAAUGGAUCCAAGGAGUUUCAGGACAUUUGAUCUUAGUUACUACAAGCUUUUACUCAAAAGGAGAGGACUCUUCCAAUCUGAUGCAGCCUUAACAACAAGUACAACAACAAAGUCAUACAUCGACAAACUUGUCGAGGGAUCACUUAAAGAGUUUUAUGCUGAAUUUGCUAAGGCCAUGGAGAAAAUGGGAAGGAUUGAAGUUAAAACAGGUUCUGUUGGUGAAAUUAGGAAGCAUUGUGCGGUUGUAAAUAGUUAGGAUGAAUCUUUGGUUUUGUUGGUUCAUGAUUUUGAGUUUGGGGCAAUAUGCAUCAUGUUUCUUUUUCUUUUUUUUUUCUUCAUCCUUUUGUAAUUAUUCCGUUCUAUUUUGUAACUUGAUAAUAAAGGCUGAAUAUAUAUAUGCAGCUCCUUAAA